AGCAAACAAGACGUCCCUCAUUCGUCGGGGUUCGUUCGUCGCCAUGGGCUCUGAGUGCGUGGAAGCCUCGCCUUUGGAGCUGGCAGCCGUGUGGGUGCACAAGGCCUCCAAAGGCAGCAGCCAAUGGGUCACCAGCUGCCCCGCCUGGCAGCUGGAGGUCUACAGGUUCCGGAAGCGUCUGAAGCCGGUGCGGGUGCUGGUAAAAUUCGCCUUCCUCUCCCUCGCAAUGUUCGAGGAGCCGCUGUGGCGGCAGCGGUGUCCGGACUGCCCCGCCUCUGCCAGCUGGCAUUUGCCGCGGCUCUCCUGGAAGGUCUCGAACACCUGCGAGAUUUGUUUUCUGCUGUCCUUCCUCUACAGCUUUUGGCUCCGUGAGCGAUCCCUCGGAGCUGGCAGCCGGCGUCGGUCCUGGCACAAGAUCCGGGAGGUCUUGGUUUGCUUGUCGCUGCUGGACUGCCUGGUAGCUUGCGUGAACACCGCGGGCGUGGUACCCGGCGAGUUCCGGCUGUGCCGCCUGCUGAGGCCCGUGAUUUUUCUGACGGUGAGCAAAGACCUGCAGAGUACUCUCGGUCGGCUCUGGCGCUCCUGCAAGAGCUUCUGGCAAGUUCUUGCGGCGCUCGGGGUGUGCGUGCUCUUCUUCAUGUGGAUGGCCAUCGUGGUCUUCGCAAGAAGUGAUGAAGGCCUGGAGCAUUUCAAAGAUUGGCCCGACGCACUCGCCUCCCUGUGGAUACUUUUCACCACGGCAAACUUCCCGGAUGUGAUGAUGCCGUCCUACAGCGAUGAGCGCGAGUCCUUUUUCUUCUUCUUUUUGUAUUUGGUGGUAUGCCUCUACCUGCUGAACAACAUCUUGCUUGCGUCAGUGUACAACGCUUACAAGGAGCAGCUGAAGGCACAGCUCAAGAAGUACUUCGAGCAGAAAGCGGAGUCCAUCCAGCAAGCCUUCGAGCUCUUGAGCGCCGCCAACGUGGUCACGGAGGAGAGGUGGGUGGACUUCUUUACAGCCUACUGCCAGACUUACCUGCACUUCGUCUUCAAGAAGGACUACGCCUUUAAUCGCCGCCAAGCACGGCGCACCUUCACGGCGCUGGAUGCAGACGGCAAUGGCUUCAUCGAGCGGGGUGAAUUCUGCCUCGUGGUCGAGGCGCUGUCCAACGAGUCCGUCUACAUCCCCAUGCGCCCGGUGCCCUCUCUGGCGCGGUCUGGGUUGGGCUCUCAUGUCCUGCACUUCUUCAUCCACGGGGUGCGGGUGAGGGCUUUCGCGACCCCGAUCUACUGGCGCUACAUCCUGGACCUUGUGACGCUGCUGGAAGCCGUGCUCGCACUGGUGCAGACCAUCAUCUUCGUGUCCCCAGGCGGCGGGGGGAAGUUCAGAGAUGCGCCGCUGCGGGCGCAGAGCAUCUGGUUCAAGCUGCUUACGGCCACCACGGUCUUCUUUGGUCUGCAGAUGGUGGUGCAGAUGCUGGUGAUGGGCCCUGCCAGGUACUGGAACCGGCGACCCUACCGGAACCGCUUCGACUUCUUCUCCAUUUUCGCCUUGCUUCUGCUGGAGAUUUGCAUGAUGGUCUCCCAUGAGCCGCACUGGAUGGUUCGCACAGUCCUGGCGCUCCACAUCUCGCGGCUGAUUUGCCUCUCCAACUACAUCACCCCCUUUCGCUACUUGGUGUCCCUCAUGGCACGCCUGGCUCCGGUGUACCACCGCACAGGGCUCCUGCUGCUCAUGGUGUACUACAUCUACGCCACGAUUGGAGAGCAACUUUUCGGGGGCAAGAUGACGCGGCAGAACUUGCAGGGCACCACCUACGCGGCUUCCCAGUACUGGGCCCUGAACUUUGACGACUUCCCGUCAGGCCUGGUGACACUCUUCUCGGUGAUGGUGGUGAACAACUGGUUCGUCAUUGCCGGUGGCUUUAUGGCUGCUACCUCCGUGUACGCGAGCCUCUUCUUCGUGUCCUUCUUUGUGCUGGCGAACCUCAUCGUUUUGAACAUCCUCCUAGCCCUGAUCAUUGACACCGCCUUGGCUGUGCGCGAGGAGAUGGAGAGCGACGACACCGAGGCUGCGGAAGAGUCGCCGGCCUGGAAGCCCUCCCAAGGACGCGAGACGCUGCUCCAGCGCUUGCUUCUCAACGAGGAUGAGCGGACAGAGACGCACCCCCUGAUGGUGAUUCACAAAGGCUCCAGCUGGCCCCAUGCAGGCCUUCCGACGCACCGACCAGACCAGUCCGCGAGUUCCAGUUCCACGACCAGCGAGGCCGAUGACUUCGACGAGAAAAGCGACCUUUGACCUGAGUCAAAGAGUGGCAACGAAGCAAAAACCGGGCGCCACUUGCUUCGAGCUUCUUCGCGCCUCCUUAGUUGCUGGA